AAUGGCAAUAAAAGUGCGUAGUUCAACAUCAAUUAAAAAUUAUGUAUUUUUUGCUUCCUGUAUUUGUUUUAUAUUUGUUGUGUUUGUCUAUCGUUCAUUAAGUUCAUCAAAAGAUUCCUAUUUUGCUGAUUAUUAUGACAAUAGUUCUUUAGAAGAUUUAUCUGAAGGUUUAAUACCUUUUACAAGUUUGUCUAAACUUCUUCAGGCAUCUUGUUCAAAAAUUGAUCGUAUUGCUGAACACAAUAUUUGUUCUUAUAAACAUUUAGACGAUGAAAAGAAUUGUUUGGUAUUUUCUGUUUCAAAAAAUUCAGAUCUUAAAUUUGAAGCAAAAAUUUCAAAAUUAUUAAAAAAAUGUAAAAUUCGUGUAUAUGACCAUGGAGGAAAAGGAGGCAGUGAUUUAGAAGUAAAUUAUAAAGUAAUUAAAAAAUUGAGUGGAAAUAAAUUUGACGAAAAAUGGUUAUCAAAAAUAUUAACGUCAGAAAAAAGGAAAAGUAAAAUUAAUUUGUUGAGACUUGAAGUUGGAGAUCAAACAGAUAAAAUUAUUCAAAGUAAAAUAUUAAGAGAACAUUCGAUUUGUCAUUUAUUAUUAACUGUUAGUGGACUUUCAAAAAAGAAACUUGAGGCUUUUGUAAAGAAAAUGCAAAAAUCUUAUGGGUACAGUCUUUAUGCUGCAUAUAGAAUGGGGGAUCAACCGACAAGUAUUAAUUAUGAAGAAAAUGCAACAAAAGAUUCAUUAGAUGCAUUAGAUGAAGAUGCAGUUAAUUUAUUAGAAACUCCAAAAGAAAAAAAAGCUAGUUUAAAAACUAAAAGAGAAGCAUUAGUAAAAGAUAGAAGAUCUGCAGGUGUUUAUACAAUGAGUUUUAUUUCUAAAAAUUGUCAAAAAGAAUACGGAGUGAAGUGGAUUGAUCAAUAA